CGUCCAGCUCUCCCCGCCGGCCUGCCCGUCUCCCUUCUGCCCCUUCCCUUACGAUAUUAAACUACGAGGUGACACGACAGACAAGACAAGAUGAUGGAGAGCGAGCAGCCCUCAAGUGGGCCCCUGGAACCCGUCAUGCAGCACGUCGCGCGGCUGCAGCGGCAGUACCAGCAGCUGCUGGAUAGGAUCACGCCGUUUGUGAUGUAUAGGUGGCUGGGGACGGCGGGGUUGCUGGCGCUGUUUGCGCUGAGGAUAGUGUUGUCGCAGGGGUGGUAUAUCGUAUGCUACGCUCACGCCAUCUACCUCCUCAACCUCCUCCUCGCCUUCCUUCAGCCGAAAUUCGACCCGUCCCUGCAGGACGACCUCAUGGCGGACGAGAUUGAGGAGGGCGGCGAGGACGGGCGGAGCGCGCUGCCCAGCGCGCGCGACGACGAGUUCCGCCCGUUCGUCAGGCGGCUGCCCGAGUGGCAGUUCUGGUUAAGCGCGACGAGGGCGACGCUGAUCGCGCUGUUUUGCACGGUGUCGGAGGUGUUCGACGUGCCCGUCUACUGGCCGAUUUUGGUUAUGUACUUCUGUGUGCUCUUCUUCCUCACUAUGCGCAGACAGAUUCAACAUAUGAUCAAGUACAAAUAUAUCCCCUUCGAUAUCGGGCGGAAGGCGCGCUACGGGGGGCACAAGUCAUGACACAUGUGUGCAUGCACCUGCAUUUGUUUCGGUGCCAGAAAGUAUCGUAGAUAUGUUUAGAUGGGAUAGGCGUGCCGCCGGUUUAUACAUAUCCCUUAAUAUGGAUUAUUUGGUAUAUCUUC